AUGGCUACCUGGAAGGAGCUUGAGCUUGAUCCAAUGUCAAAGGUUCAUCGUGAAACUCUAUCCUCCAGCGGUCAUGACAGUGGCUCUGGCUCGCUGUGUCUGACUAAUAAGAAUGAAAUGGCUAUCCAUCAUAUAAACCCGGAAGUCGAAAGUCCUUACACUCGCCCGCUUCUCUGGUUCAAAGCGAGGGAGUACUGCCGUGAUGCAUUCUCGGAGUUUUUUGGGACCAUGAUCCUGAUUUUAUUUGGGGAUGGGGUCGUUGCUCAGGUACUACUAAGUCAUGGCCAGAAGGGUGACUACCAAUCUAUCUCUUGGGGAUGGGGACUCGGUGUCAUGCUUGGAGUAUACGCCAGCGGGGCAUCAGGAGGCCACAUCAAUCCCGCCGUGACAUUUGCGAGCUGCAUGCUCCGCGGGUUCCCCUGGCGCAAAUUCCCCGUAUACGCACUAGCCCAAAUCCUCGGCGCAAUGUGCGGUUCUGCCAUUGUGUACGGCAACUAUAAGUCAGCCAUCAACAUCUACGAGGGCGGACCAAAUAUCCGCACAGUCCCCGGCUACUCGACAACAGCGACAGGCGGCAUCUUCUGCACCUACCCAGCAGAAUUCAUGACAAAGACAGGGCAAUUCUUCUCCGAGUUCCUUGCCAGCGUGGUCUUGAUGUUCAUGAUAUUCGCUCUGAAAGAUGACGGCAAUCUAGGAGCCGGGCCGCUGAUGCCUCUUGCGCUAUUCUUCGUUGUCUUUGGCAUUGGCGCAUGCUUUGGAUGGGAGACUGGAUAUGCUAUCAACCUGGCACGGGACUUUGGACCUCGACUAACGUCCUACAUGAUUGGAUAUGGGCAUGAAGUAUGGGCUGCGGGGGACUAUUACUUCUGGGUUCCUAUGGUUGCACCAAUAUUAGGUUGCACCUUCGGCGGAUGGUUCUACGAUCUAUUCCUAUAUACUGGGAUGGAUAGUCCGGUCAACACCCCCUGGAUGGGGCUCAAGAGCUUGUUUGGACCUUUAAACCAAAAGCGAGUCGUACUGCACAGUCCAGUCUGA